ACAUCAUCAAAGGUCCUUUGGCUGCCCAGGGUCUAGCAUCUACGGAGCGUUGAGGCAGGGAAGAGAAAAGCAGGCGCGGGGCGGUGCGCAUUAUCUCAUGCAGCGGGGACGGCUCCACGGAGUUUCACUUGGUCUCCGCUCCUCGCCCGUCAGGAACCGCAGACGCUGCCCGGACCUGGGAUUAGUACCGGCGCUGUGAGCCCGCGGCUGGCCUGGCAGGAGGAAGCCCAGAAGAAAGCCAUUAACUAUUCAGGCGGCUCUCCCGAGUCCGAGUGUGCGGGAGCCAUGAACAGCAACAUCAUGUACGCCAGCAGGAAGAGGCGCAAACCCGUGCAGAAGACAGUGAAAUCAACGCCAUCCGAUGGAGUGAAAUCCAACCCGUCGAAGAGGCAUCGGGACCGCCUGAACACAGAACUGGACAGAUUAGCCAGCCUUCUGCCCUUCCCACAGGAAAUCAUAUCUAAGCUCGACAAGCUCUCAGUGCUUCGCCUCAGCGUCAGUUAUCUCAGGGCCAAGGGCUUUUUUGAAGUUGCACUACAAAGUUACAAGAAAGAUGGCAACGGGAUUAGUGACAAUCGACGGACUGGCAAACCGCAAGAAGACUUGCGAUUACUGGAAGGAGAACUUCUGUUACAGGCGCUUAAUGGAUUUGUAUUGGUCGUUGCCGCAGAUGGACUCGUCUUUUUUUCUUCAUCCACCGUUCAAGAUUAUCUUGGAUUUCAGCAAUCUGAUGUGAUUCACCAAAGUGUUUUCGAGCUGAUCCACACAGAAGAUCGGCCCGAAUUUCAGCGUCAGCUGCACUGGGCUUUAGACCCUGUUCAACCUUCUGACACAAAGAGGUCUUCAGAAGGAAAUGAAUUCGCCAUGAUAACAUCCUGCUACAACCCUGAUCAGCUUCCACCUGAGAAUUCAUCUUUUAUGGAAAGAAACUUUGUCUGCCGAUUGAGAUGUCUGCUGGAUAACUCUUCAGGGUUUUUGGCUAUGAAUUUUCAAGGACGUCUGAAGUUUCUUCAUGGACAGAAUAAAAAAGACAAAGAAGGAUCCGUAAUUCCCCCACAGCUUGCACUCUUUGCUUUGGCUACGCCAUUGCAGUCUCCUUCCAUCUUGGAGAUCCGAACCAAAAACUUCAUCUUCAGAACGAAGCACAGACUAGACUUCACACCUAUAGGCUGUGAUGCAAAAGGAAGCUUGGUUCUGGGAUACACAGAAGCAGAGCUGUGUGUUAGAGGAACUGGCUAUCAGUUUAUUCAUGCUGCAGAUAUGAUGUACUGUGCAGAGAAUCAUAUACGAAUGAUUAAGACUGGAGAGAGUGGCAUGACCAUUUUCAGACUUCUCACAAAAGAAAGUGGAUGGGCUUGGGUGCAAGCGAAUGCCCGACUUGUUUAUAAGAAUGGAAGACCAGAUUAUAUUAUUGCAACACAAAGACCUCUUACAGAGGAAGAAGGAGCAGAGCACUUAAGAAAGCGGAGCACACAGCUGCCUUUCAUUUUUGCAACCGGGGAGGCAGUUUUGUAUGAGACCUCGUUUCCCUUCCCAGGUCUACUGGGCCCCUCACAAAAUAAACCUAAAGGUUCCUCAAGUAAAGGGUCCACUGCCAAAGCAACUGCAAAUGAAGCACCUGUCAAUCCUGCCUCCCUCCUGGGUGCCAUGCUGAGGCAAGAUGAAAGCGUGUACAUUUGCCCUCCCGCUGCAAACACCUUUUCUUUUGAGAGCUUUUACAAAGAUGACAGAAGCGAUCUGAGCAAUAACUUUUGGCAAGACCCUCUGGUACCCGUGGCAAAUAACAAUAUGAAGCUAGAGGACGGAGCUUUUUCCCAGGUAAAAAGCACCCCGCAGUCUUCAGAGGUCACCGGCGUUUUUCCAGAGGCUAAAAACAAUGAGCUUUACAAUAUCAUGAGAAGCUUAGGCAUUGACUUUGAUGACUUGGAGGUGAUGCAACGAGACGAAGAGUUCUUUAGAAAUGAGUUUGAGUAUCCCGAUAUUGGAGAUAUUGAUGUGGCAGAUGAAAUCCUCACUUAUGUGCAGGAGUCCCUAAACAAAAAAACCGACUGCAUGUUUGGGAAUUCGCUUCCACAAAUGGCUUGUGCGCAGGACUCCAGCAAAGUGACACAGGAUGCACCACAGAUGCUUCAGCAACAGCCAAACCAAAUGAUGCCGCAACAGCUGUGUCAGAAAAUGAAGCACAUGCAGGUCAAUGGCUUGAUGACGAACUGGAACCCUGUGGGCAGUGCCCCUCUGACUUACCAACAGCAGCCGACUGAGCAAUAUGUACCUAGCCUCAAUAACCUGGCUCAGGAGUUUUACAAACCUGAACUCAGCAGUGCUCCGUAUACUUGCAAACAGGAAUAUAUGCCUUACCAGGACUCCUUGCCUGCGGUGCCACUGCCUUCUAACCUUACACAGAUGGACUUUGAGCUUGGAAAUGUGGAACAGUCGAUGUACACGUCUUCCUCAAACUUGGAUGGGUUUUUGGAAUGUCUCCCACAGACUCCUGAGCUCCAGGAGUGUAGUGUAAAUGCACAGACAGUCAUGAUGACUUCCCAGCCUUGCUAUUCUGGGGCAGUGUCCAUGUAUCAGUGCCUCCCGGAACCUCAGCCAUCCUGUAUGAAUCAAAUGCAAUAUAACGCUGUGACGCCCGGUCACCAACAGAUGAUAAACAAACAGUUUCAAAAUGGUUUUAGUGGAGGAAAUGUGAACAAGACAUAUCCAGCACCGAUUGAUGUGGCAAGUAGCUCCCAGACGGCCACCCUCCUACCGUCUCAUCAUCACCAUCCUCUUCCUGCAAAUUCCAAACUUUAUUCAGACUUGCCGUCAGGCGGAUUCUUGUAAAUGUGAGGAGGGCAGACUCUGCAGCGCGCUUCUGCUGGCCUCAGUAAACAAAGACUUGAUGCUGAAAAUGCUUUAAAAGCCACAUUACAUCCUAAAGAGUUUAUUUGGGCUAUUUGCACUUUGGUAGGCCACCUGCGGCUUAUCUAUUAGACUGGGCAGGCCAGGCCACGUCCAGAUGUAGAGCGAGAGAGUUAUCCCAAUUUAUUACAAGAACUUAUCAUUUUCAGUGGGAUAUUAAGGCGAUGUAUUUUUUGCAAUACAUUUGUGUAAUAUAACAGCAUAGGAUAAAUAAGAUGAGGCAAACAUAUUUCCCCUUUCCCUGCAAUCCAACGGAAUCGUUUGUCUGUCGAGCACUUAUGUCCUUUGAAUACCAAUGGUAUGUUUUACCAUUUUCUAAAAAGUGUUUUCUUACCUUGAUGAUUUUAUGCCUUUUUAAAAAUUAAAAAAAGUCACCUAUGAAAAGCACUUACUUUUAAAGUGGCAGUCCCCUUCACUGUGUCUUGACCACUUUGCACUGUCCGAUUAGACUGGAUUAAUUAGAAUGUGUCACUUUAUUGCCUAGAUCUGUUCUGCAAUUUUAGCUGGUGUAACAGGUAGUGAAUCCCAAAGUAGUUGUGAUGUAUUAUCCCACCGCUGGACUUUAAUUCGAACAAUCAGCUGGAUGUUUUUAUUUUACGAAUCUUUAAGUCCAAUCCAAUUGUCUGAUGUAGUUGUAUAUUCCAUGCACUUAUUUAGAAUCUCCCGACCUCGUAGAUCUUGAUGGAAGCCCAUAAAGCACAAUGGUCAGAUCGAUGUAAGAGUGCAUUCACACAACCGUAUAUAUUUUGUGGUCCAUUGUAACAAUGCCUAUUCUUGUCUGCAAAACAGACAAGAAUAGGGCAUGUUCUAUUUUUUUUUUUUG